UUUCACAAAGAGUGUGCUAAUUCUAGCCUAGAGAUUUGCAACCUCUAUCAUCCACAACAUUCUUUGAAAAUUAAGUUUGCAACUUCAGCGUGGAUAUCAACUGUGUAAAGAAUCCACCUCCUUUCAGUCUUCUCCAACCUAAGGCUCAUGAGCAUCCAAUCAUUCUUAUGCCGCAAAGAAGUUUUGUUUGUAAUGCUUGUGGAAUGGAUGAUGACCCAAAUCCUUAUGUGUGUCCUCAAUGCAAUUUCAUGAUCCAUAGAAAUUGUGUUGAUAAACCACAAGUCAUAAAGAUCAAUCAUCAUGACCACCGCAUUUAUUACAAUCAUUAUCUUGAUUCUGAUGAUUGGGAAUGUGGAGUGUGUCAAAAAGAGAUAAAAUGGACGUGUGGAGCUUAUUCUUGUCCGAAGUGUCAAGAUUUUGCAGUUCAUCUAAGAUGUGCCACAAAGUUCGGGAUUUGGGAUGGGAUUGAACUUGAAGGUAUAUCAGAAACUAAUAUCGAGCUUAAGUCAUACGAGGUGGUUGAAGAGGGACUUAUAAAGCAUUCCAGUCACCAAAACCAUGUUUUGAAGCUCAAUGAAGAAAGUGAUGCUGAUGUUGAAGCCAUAGUUUGUGAAGCAUGUGUAUAUCCUGUAUUUUGUGGCCCAUUCUACAGUUGCACAGAGUGUGAUAAUUAUAUUCUUCAUCAGAAAUGUGCCCAUCUCCCUAAAAAGAAAAUAGAUUCCUUCUACAAGAUGGAUAUUACUCUAUUCCCAUGUGACAAAAUGGAAACAAUAUUAGGGCUUUGUGAAGUUUGUCAACACUUCUUUCAGGGUUUUCGGUACAUAACUAAGGAUGAUAUAACUCUUGAUAUGCGAUGCGGUUCUAUAUCCGAACCUUUCUUUCAUGAAAGCCAUCCUCAUCAUCCAUUGUACAUCGACUUUACAGGCAAUAAAACUUGUAAGGCUUGUGGAGAUGAGGCAACUUUCAUUUUGAGCUGCCAGGAGUGCGGAUAUUUUCUGGACAUUAAAUGUCCAUUCUUACCAAAUAAGGUGAAACACAAAUAUGAUAAGAAUCAUUUUCUGUUUCUAUGCUACGGCAAAAACCCGAGCGACCAAUACUUGUGUGAAAUUUGCGAGGAAGAACUAAAUUCAGAGAAAUGGUUCUAUAGAUGUGAUGAGUGUUGCAUUACAUUUCAUAUCAAAUGUACACUCGGAGACUUAAUUAGUCUAAAGCAAAUAGUCGACGCUGAACCAAUCAAAUUGGAGGUGAUACGCAACAUUCAUAUGACCAGGUUAGUUUGUGCUGUAUGUCAUUCUCGCUGCCACUUUCCCUACAUGUUGAAGUGUUCUUCUCCUCUAGGCAUGGACACUCUUUGUUCUUUACAAUGUUUUCGGCAAAAAUAUUUCCACAAAAUGACUCCAUUAUAUGAAUUGUCAAUAUAGUAUUAAUUAUUUUAUAUCUUAUAUUAGAG